AUGGCCGGCAACGAUGCAUCGUCCGCCGCCCUGCCCUACCAGGAGCCCUCCAUCGCCACCCUCCUCAACCUGUCCGGCUUCCUGCUGGCCCUCAACCUCGCCCGCGUCGCCCUCGACCGCCUGCUGUCCUGCGGCCUGAUCGGCCAGGUGCUGCUGGGCGUGCUCUGGGGCACGCCCGGCGCCCGCUGGCUGGACCGCAACACCGAAUCCGUCAUCCAGCAGCUGGGAUACCUCGGCCUCAUCCUGCUGGUCUACGAAGGUGGUUUGUCCACUGCUGUCCGAUCCAUCCGGGCCAACGGGCUGCUGUCGCUGGCCGUCGCCCUCACCGGCAUCGGGACCCCGAUGGGCCUGUCCUUCGUGCUGAAAGCCCUCACGGCGGCCAGCUCCCGGCAGGCCUUCGCCGCGGGGGCCGCCCUCAGCGCGACCAGCCUGGGCACGACCUUCACCAUCCUGUCCACCACCGGCCUCGUCGCCACCCGCCUGGGGAGCGUCACCACCACCGCCGCCGUGCUCGACGACGUGAUUGGCCUCGUCAUGGUCCAGAUCAUCACCAACCUGGGCGGGGAGGGCUCUCGCAUCCGCGUGGGGACGGUCCUGCGACCGAUCGGGGUGUCCGUCGCCUUCGUCCUGGGCCUCUUUCUCCUCGCGGCCGGCUGCCUCAGGCCCGUCCUCGCCCGGGUGCUGGCGAUAAAGGACAAAGUCCCGUCCUCUCUGAAAACCCAGCAAUGGGCAUUUCUAGCCCAGACCCUCUGCCUCGUGGGGAUCGUGGCUGGCGCCUCCUAUGCCGGCGCCUCGAGCCUCUUCGCCGCCUAUCUGGCCGGUCUGUUGGUGUCCUGGGUGGACGGGUGCGUGGCAGAGGAUCAACAAUCACAGCAUGGGGCUCGGACCGUCUCUGAAGCAGAACCAGAAGAACCCGGACCCUCGGAUCGAGGUAGAAGAACCCCCGAAAACCCGUCCAGCAUUGGAGACGAGGAGACACCCACCGGGGAGAGGGUGUACGAGCAGUAUUACCGGGAGCCCGUCAACCGCAUUCUGCUUCCUUUGUUCUUCGCAUCGAUCGGCUUCUCCAUCCCCGUCACCGAGAUGUUCCAGUGGGAGGUGGUCUGGCGCGGCAUCGUGUAUGCCCUGCUGAUGGCCCUGGGCAAGAUGAUUACGGGGCUGUGGCUGGUCCGACUGUCACUGGGCCCGGGGUUGAAGGUGGUGGGGACUUUGACCCGGCCAUUUGCCCUCGUUCGUCUGCGGUGCAUGUCCAAAGCAACAGACUGUGGGAAACAGGAGGAACCACCAAAGUCAUCUGAAAGUCAACAUGCCGCUCCUGACGCCGCCACCGGAAGUUCAGCGAGCACCACGGGCAUCACAGAGACCACUACCAACGGGGAAGCUUCGCGGCGCACCCUUGGUCGGGAAGAACCGAAGAACGAAUCCCCACAGCCAUCCACCGCGACCCCAACCCUGUCCCUCCCCCCCAAGCCUCAGACCCUCUACCCACCCUGCAUCCUCGGCCUGGCGAUGGUGGCGCGCGGGGAGGUGGGCUACCUGAUCGCCUCACUGGCGCAGAGCCAGGGCCUGUUCGCGCGGGACGAGUCUGGCGACACGUCCCACGUCUACCUGAUUAUCAUCUGGGCCAUCUCCCUCUGCACCCUCGUCGGUCCCGUCGCCGUGGGCACGCUGGUCCGACGGGUCAGGACGCUACAGCAGGCGCGGGCAGACUCCGGCGUGGACCCGCUGGGGGCGUGGGGGAUCUGAAAUGCCCCCGGGUUAUUACUCUGGAUCUACAAAGCUCGCCCGGGGAUGUAUUGGAGACGUCUCAUCAUAUUCCGCCCCGAGAACCCUCAUAGGGGCGCUGAGAACGCCGCUGGGCGAUUGUGAAAUACCAGGGCAAGGGUUGAUCUCAGCGGGCUACCCGAAAUGUCUCAUCAGAUGUCGGAGAUCAUAAUCCCC